AUGUCGCUUUGAAUCGGUAAUCAAUAAAUUUCAAUUUAUGCUUAGUUUUAAUUAGAAUUAGUAUAAGACACAGUAAACACAAUCAAUAGUUUGUGUUAUUUCGGCAUUAUGGCGUUCACCCCGUUGAGAGUGGGUUUUAUACAAAAAAUUGUUCAGAAUGCAUUCUAUACUACUAUGAUGAGACGACCGAUGGCUUACAAAAGCGCUAUUUCUUUGGAGACAUUGUACCCCAACAGUUCUCUAAAACUCAGCACUCCGUCGUUUAAUGCUGACCCAAAGGAGAAGUUUACUGGUUUCAUCCCCAUGGAGAAACUGGACAUCAAAUACAGUGCCAGCUCCGGACCGGGGGGACAGAAUGUAAACAAAGUGCACACCAAGGUUGACCUGAGAUUCAAGCUGAGUGAAGCGGACUGGCUGCACCCAGAAGUGAAGGAAAAGAUGAUUGAACUGCAUGAGAAGAAACUAUCCAAGGAAGGGUACCUGAUUAUCCGCUCGGACGCUACGCGCUCGCAGCAGCUCAACUUAGCAGACUGUCUCCAGAAACUUCGUACUCUUCUGAGAGAUGCCGCUGUCACGCAGCGAACGCCUUCGCCGGAGACACUCGAGAAAGUUAGGCAGAGACACCUGAAAGCAGCGCGUAUGCGAGUGUCACUGAAGCGAGAGGACGCAGUGAAGCGCGCGCAGAGGCAACCGCCGACCGUCGUCGACUUAUGAUUCUUCCACUAAUUGGCCGCGUUGCCCUAGGCUGCAGUAUUUUAUGACAAUGGACUAACACAUCUGAUAUUAAUUGUGUUGUGUAUGUAUAUGUAAUCAGACGCCUAGCAAAAGCUGCUGAGGAUAGAAUCCCAUGUUCUUUAUGAGAGGAUCAGAAAACUGGGUAAGAGGGGACUGAAGACUUCUCUUUAAAUGUUCUAUUUAGUGUUGUCCAUUGCCAUUCCGUCUGUAGGUCAGUGUCCAAGAAAACCCUCAGCUAUUUUGAAAUUCGCAUUGCGGUCCCUAGAGAAGAGAAGAAGUCCGUUAAAAUACCAGAAAAGUGGCAAAAUGACUGUCAAAAUACUUGAGAAUUGGUGGCAGUCAGCCUGUUUUUGGCUGCCAAACGCGUCCAGUUACCAGUACCUUUAGUUCUUUUACUUUGAACGUAAUGUAUUUAGAUUUUAGAUAUAAUAUUAUUAAUAAAGUUAAAAAUUGUUUA